CCACAUGCUCUGUGCCAUCGUCACAAAUUACAAAUCUUGUUGGACACAUCCCUAAAACCAUCAUGAAAUUCUCAACUGUCGCAAUCCUUGGACUCAUUGUCAGCACCGCUUCGGCCUUCACAUCGGUUUCGAGACCAAAUCGUGCUCCCUUCUCGACUUCUCUCGGCUUGGUCGAAACGGGGGAAUACGUUGACAGAGAUGUCUACACCUUUGACGAAUGGGCGACAAGCUGUGGGGUUCAAAAAUGUGCCGGAUUCCAAAUCACUACUCAGGAUGGAUCCGACUUCUUCGCUGUCACCGACCAGGAUUUGCCCGCUGGAACUCCUAUCGUUUAUGUCCCCCCGGAAUUGGUCCUCUCCUCAAACAGAGCACAAGAGGAAUUCGGGCAGAGCCUCCAGUACGCCGAAGACCGAAUCAAAGAGGGUGGUGUAGCCAAUCAAAUUCCUAUCUUCCGACUCGGUGUCAAAAUUUUGGCUGAAUGGGAAAAGGGCGAGCAGAGUCCAUGGUAUUACUGGCUCAACUCCAUGCCUCGAAUCUUCAUGAAUGGAGUUUCCAUGACUUCAGCUUGUUUCGACGCCCUCCCUCCAUACGCUGGAUGGCUUGCGGUAAGUUCAUCAAAUGGAAUUCUCCUAGUUUCUGAUUUCCUUCGACUGUAAUCAGAAAAGAUUCGAAACUUUUUAAUUUAUCUAUCUUCCACGUCUGAUAUCAGGUUUCGCCGCCCCUCUCAAAUCGGAUUUUCAUUAUUUUUGUUGUGAAUAGAUGAAAGAACGAGCGAACUUUGUCAACUUCAAGAAGGCGCUUCUUUCUGCUCCUCUCAACGAACAAACCGUGACGAACGAGGAGCUCGUAAAGUGGGCCUACAACGUUGCCCUAACGCGAUCAUACUCCCUCUCGUCGUCGUGCCGACGCAUCGCACCCAUGGUCGACUACUUCAACCACGCAUCGGAACCCAACCUCGAUAUCCAAUACGAUGACUAUGCAUGCACUGUUUACGCAUCGCGUGACAUUGCCGCCGGCGAAGCCCUAACGAUAUCUUUGGGAACCGGAACCAACCCAUCUCCUUUGUUCGCAACCUAUGGAUUCCUCGACGAAUCUUCCCCUGGAACAUUUUGCAAGCUCAUGGACUUGCAGGACGAUAUGCCGGACAUGAAAUUGGGAUUCAAAGAUCUUCUGUUCUACAAGAACGGUGAAAUUGCCCCCGAGGUUUAUGAUCUCGUCCUCUACAGUAUCCUAAAAACCGACCCCAACUUCGAAUUGGGCCCCUUCUUUGACGCCUGCAUGGCCGGUGACGAAGAUACCAAAAACGCAUACCACAGCCAAUACUUUUCUUACACAUUGGAAUACCUAAAAAACCACGUCGACAACACCCUAGUAGAACUCGACCGACUCUCCAAUAUGGCCGCAUCUUACGACCCUAAUGCCCACCCCCGCGCCCCUCUUAUCUUGCAGCACAAUGCUUUUGUCAAGCAAACCUUCGAGGCCGUCAAGUACAACUUAGAUUCCAUGUGAGACGUUUGUUGGAUAUGUAGAAUGGAACGAGAACCACGAAUGAAAGCGAUCGAGGAAGUCAGCUUCGAAACAUGUGUAUGAAUGAAAAUAAUGUUUCAUUACCUUGCUGUCCUCCGAGUUUUUAGUUCAAUUAAUAAUUAGCAAUCCACUUUCAUUAUUUUUUCUGAGUCGAAAUAAGUUAUGAUCUUGCCUCCAUCUCAAUGUACAAUGAUCUGUGUGACUUCCACAGCAUGAAAUACAAUUGUUAAUCCCAGUAUUGCAUGCGAGCAUGUCAGGAUUGGAUCAAACAGUAUGAGUUCUAGAGGAAAGCAUCUCUUAAAAUCAAACUGUUUCAGUUGCAUUGUGAAAUACGGUAUCAAUGACCUUGUGUUACGAAGAAAUGUCGAAGUACGUACGGUUGUCCCAACCGUACGUUGCCUGAGUUUUUGCAGCCUUGUCUUUCUGUACCUCAGGACACAUGAAGAAUUAUAGCAAGUAUUAUGUCAGUAUUAUCAUUGGGUAUUUUUUUGGACUUGUGUUCAAAUGUAUGUUGAGACGUUUGGCCAGUCAUCAUAUUGCAAACAAGGCAUGGUUUAUUGAAUGACCAUGGGUUGGCUUUGAUUUGAUUGAUUGACAUUGAGUAGGCUAGAUUGAGAAAGUCGGGGUCUACUUCAGCAAUUUGGAUUUUGUUUACCAAAAUGGGAUCUGGUGCAGUUUUGGGGCACUUGUAGGUCGGAACAUUUGUGUUGAAUCUGUGAGGGGGGGGGGGUUGAUAUACCGAUUUCACAUUGGUUGGGCUAUUUGGAAGGUUUAGGUAUUGUUGAAGGGUAGCAACAAAGUUGGAUGGUUUGAACUUGUGUUUGAGGUGAGCAAAAUCUUGUUCAUGAUGCAUUUCUGUUUGAAGGAAUGAGGAGUGAGUACAUCCGUUUACAAAGUGUUCACGUUGUAUUUGUCAUAAACUGUUUCUUUCAAGGCACAAAGCAUGAUGUAAUGGUUGUAUUUCUUCCAAUAUUCCAUAAGGGAGAGUGAUCCUUGGCUAGGAGGCGUUGUGAUCAGCAUGGACGGAGAUUCAAUUAAGAGAGGGUGCAUUUUGCAGAUGAUUGCUUUCAAGGCUUCAUAUCCAUGUCCAUUGUGAAGCUUGACAAUAUGGCAGAAUUUAUCUUUGAGAGCGCAAGCACUGUGAAGUACAUCCCAGAUGAUUUGUGAGUCAGUAGAUAUUUUCAUUUCAAAAGUCGAAUGAAGGUAAUCUUCUUGUUUUAAUCCAAGGGUGAAGCCAUGUGGGUGGUUGCAUGUAUUGAAUUGUACGUACUGUAAGGAAGCAUACGUACAAACGAUGCUCCCCAGAAUAGAGGGACAUACCAUUCUUACCUAUAUAUCAUAAGGUACUAUUCAUAUAUAUAUAUAUAUAUAUAUAUAUAUCAUACGAUCCAACGUACCAAGGAUCCUAAGAGGUCCAAGAUACCAUUCGAGAAUACCUCACGAAGAACAAAGAUGUCAGAAGUCCGGAACRGAAGAACCCUCGUGUAGAUYCAGUACCAGAUCUACACAGGGAUCCAAUCAGAACUUUGGAACUCUCAUGAACGCACUUGGUAAUCUUCGAAUAAUCCUAAUCUUAUAAU